GUGUAUGUGGGGCUGUCAUGGAUGAAGCAGCUUCACCGGCUCGUCGUCGCGGUGGUCCGACGGGGCUCUCCGCCGUGCAGACCGACACCAUCGAGGCUCUGACGGAGCUGGAGGAUCUGGAGCGGGUUUACGCGCAGCUGUGUGCCGAAGAGGCGGAAGUGCAGUGGAGUUGGACACUCUUAUUGGGACAGCAGAGCAACAUAGAAACAAAGAUGCUCUCCCUGCAGAGGAUGGGACCCAACCUGCAGCUGAUCGAGGGAGACGCUGUGCAGCUCUCUGGCAUGAUCAACUUCACAUGCAGCCUGGCAGAAAAUGUCAGCAGCAAAGUCAGACAGCUGGAUCUCACCAAGAAAAGGCUGUACCAAGCGAUUCAGCGGGCUGAUGAUAUUCUGGACUUGAAGUUCUGCACAGAUGGUGUUCAGACUGCCCUACGGAACCAGGACUAUGAACAAGCAGCUGCCCACAUUCAUCGCUACCUUUCUCUUGACCAGUCUGUAAUCGAGCUCAGCAAGCAGGGUGGAGAGGGCAGUGCAGUUGAAGCCAGCCUUGCAUUGCUUCAGGAGGCAGAGCGCAAUCUGAAGACACUGGUUACCACACGUCUGGAGGAAGCAGUUGCCACAGGCGACUUGCCUCAAGUUGAGCGCUUUUUCAAGAUCCUUCCUUUACUGGGACUCCAUGAGCAGGGACUUGCACGCUUUGCUCAAUACCUUUGCAGUCAGUUGGCCAGUAAGGCAGAAGAGAAUUUGAUCUUGGCUGUUGGCUCUGAUCUCGGUGAACGCAGAGCACCAGUUAUCUUUGCUGACACUCUUACACUGCUGCUUGAAGGUAUUGCACGCAUUGUAGAAACCCAUCAGCCCAUAGUGGAAACAUACUAUGGACCGGGCCGACUGCACACACUUCUCGCGCACCUUCAGAAAGAGUGCGACAAACAGGCUCAGAAAAUAGUGGAUAAAUUCAUCCAACAGAGGGAUUACAACAAUAAGUUUCAGGUUGUCCAGAGCAGCAUGAUGAGGGGCAUGACUACAGAAAAGAUUGAACCCAGAGACCUGGAUCCUGUGUUAUGUGAGGUUACCUUAAUGAAUUCAAGAGCCGAGUUGUAUUUCCGAUUCUUGAGGCGGCGUAUAGUCGCUGACUUUGAGGUUGCAGAUGCAAUGGCGGAUGAAGCUGUUAUGCAAGAGCAUCAGCAGAGUUUAGAACAGUUACUGAAGAAUUGCCAGCUGAGCCGCACUAUGCAGGAGCUGAUUGGCUAUUACAUUCCUAUGGAGGAGUAUUACAUGAGAGAGUCUGUCAACAAGGCAGUUGCGAUGGACACCGCUGAGGUUGGACAGCUGAGCUCCAGCGUGGUGGAUGAUGUUUUCUACAUUGUAAAGAAAUGCAUCAGUCGGGCCCUCACCAGCAGCAGCUCUGACUGUGUGUGUGCCAUGAUCAAUCACGCAACCAGCGUUCUGGAAACAGACUUCAGGGAGGUGUUGGUAUGCAAGCUGCGAGCGGGAUAUCCCGUCAGUGCUCUGCAGGACCUGCAGCGAGGGGUCAGCAGUGCCGUCAGCCUGAUGCAGAGCAGCCUGCAGCAGGGCAAGAUAACGAACCUCACACAGACCCUCGGCAUUGAGAGCCAGGAGCAAGCCAAGAGCGCAUACUUGGUGACUCUCAAUAAUGUGGAGGUCUGCAGUGAGAAUAUCAGCACCCUGAAAAAGAAUCUCGAGAGUGAUUGUGCCAAGCUGUUCAGCCAGGGAGCAGGCUCAGAUCAUGCCAAGGCGAAGAUAGACAGCUGUCUGUCUGAUCUGGUCAACACCUCCAGCAAAUUCAAAGACCUCCUCCAGGAGGGUCUCCAGGAGCUUAACAACACUGCUAUCAGGCCACAAGUAAAGCCCUGGAUCAGCAGCUUCCUGUCUGUCUCGCACAAUAUUGAAGAGGAAGAGUUUAGUGAAUAUGAAGCCAAUGAUCCCUUUGUUCAGCAACUCAUUGUCCAGUUGGAGCAGCUUAUGGCUGAGUUUAAGGUUGGACUGUCUCCGGUCAUCUACGAUACUCUGACUAGUCUGAUGACCAGCUUAAUUGCAAUGGAGAUGGAGAAGACUGUGUUCAAAUGCACCUUCAGCAGGCUUGGGGGAUUACAGUUUGAUAAGGAGCUGCGGGCUUUGGUUGCAUACCUGUCUUCCGUCACUUCCUGGACCAUCCGGGAUAAGUUCGCCCGACUCACACAGAUGGCAACUAUUCUGAAUUUAGAGAGGGUGUCUGAGAUCCUGGAUUACUGGGGUCCUAACUCUGGACCUUUGACGUGGCGUUUGACCCCGGCUGAGGUUCGCCAGGUUUUGGCUCUAAGGGUAGAUUUCCGCAGUGAGGACAUCAAAAGAUUACGGCUCUAACAAAUAUGAAUAUAUAUUUGAGAUUUUUAUCCAUGGUGUUUGGAGUACUUAAAUGGAGGUAUGUUAUCUCUAAACAUUUGUAUACAAAUAACGGCCAUGCUUUUUUAUGUAAUAAAUGUAUAACCAGCCAACUUCAUGGAUCAAAUUCUGUCAUUGAACUAUUCUAAAGCUUGUACUUUAAAUUAUUAGUCCUUAGAAUUAAAGGGGCUAUAUCAUAGACUGGGAUAUAGAGUUGAAGUCAGAAUUAUAUUAUUUAAAUAUUUCCCUAAUGAUGUUUAACAGAGCAAGGAAUUUUUCACUGUAUGUCUGAUAAUAUUUUUUCUUCUGGAGAAAGUCUUAUUUGUUUGAUUUCAACUACAAUAAAAGCAGGUUUUAAUCUUUUUAAAACCAUUUUAAGGUUAAUAUUAGCCCUCCUUAAGCAAUAUAUUUUUGAUAGUCUACAGAACAAACCACUGUUAUUCAAUGACUUCCCUGAUUACCCUAACCUGCCUAAUUAACCUAGUUAAGUCUUAAAAUUGCACUUUAAGCUGAAUAUUAGUAUCUUGAAAAAUAUCUAGUCAAAUAUUAUUUACUGUCAUCAUGGCAAAUAUAAAAUAAAUCAGUUAUUAGACAUGAGUUAUUAAAACUAUUGUUUAGAAAUGUGUUGAAAAAAAUUAGCUCUCUGUUAAACAGAAAUUGGGGGAAAAUAUACAGGGGGGCUAAUAAUUCAGACUUCAACUGUGUAUAACAUUUGAAGAUGUUACUGACUUUUAUUAAAAGUUUUAGUGUAUAAAGUGCUAGGAAAUGGGUGAAGAGAUUAUAAUGAAACAAAACAAGGCAUUUUCAGAAGUCCUGGUUUGAUGUUGUAAAAGCCUGUAGAGUGAUUUUCGUGUCAAUGACAAGAGUGUUUUUCUUUUUGUGUGUGUGAAUAUCAAAAUGACAUGUUCUGUUUUCUGUCUCCUAAAGAUUUACAUAGCUUUAGUCCUCCGUGAUGCCAUUGGAUUGCAAAGCAUGAGCAAAAACAUCCACAUUGCUACAAAUCUGAUGAAUUCUCUCACCCACUUUGUUUUUUUUAAGUGAGCAACACAUUUUAUUAGGGCUGGGGAAAUAAUUAUAAUUUAAAAAUCGAUUUAUUUAUAAGAUUGAUAUUGAUUAAUUUUUUUUAUUUUUUAUUCCAUUUCAGUUUUCAAAAGCUUUGAAUCAUUUUUCCAUAUUGUAAUUAAAUGACAGUUUAAGAGUUAACAUUAUUUUAUUAUACAGCUCUAUGGCUCUUAUUUUCUAUUUACCAAAUCUCCAUAUGUAAACUGAUGAUCACUGUUCAUUUUUAGAACCAUCAAUUGUAUUUUUAUGAAAUCUGAAGUCAUUAACUUUUAAAAGGUCUGUUAAUGUUUGUACAAUAUGAUUUGUUUUACUAAUAUGUGAACAUUUACAAAAAAAAAUCUGCAGUCAUUGAAUCUAAUCAAACUUAAAUAAGCAAAUCAAAAUCAGAACAUCUGAAUCAGUACCCAGCCCUAAUAUUUCAUAUAUUUAUUUAAGGCAAAGAAUGAAAAAGAACUUUGACAUGAGUAUGUUGGGUCAUUCAGUCGCAUUUUAGUUUUGUGUGUGUGCGAGAUGAGCAACAAGUUAUUGGCUGCAGUUCAGCUAACAGCCACCAGUGUUGCUAAUAACAAAGCUUUCUAAAUUCUGCAUUUUAAACACAUAAAUUAAAGUGGUCCCAAACUUU